CUGAGCCGCUGCAUCUCCAUGCCCGUGGAUAUCUCCGGCAUCCAGAAGGGUCCCCGCUCCGACUUCGACAUGGCCUACGAGCGCGGCCGCAUCUCGGUGUCGCUGCAGGAGGACAGCACGGGGGCCAUGGCCGGAUUCGCGCGGUCGGUGUCCCACGAGCCCAAGGAGCGCAAGUCGGUGACGCUGGAGGAGCCCCCGCCGGGGUCCCACCAGUCCAACUCCAGCGAGGACGAGGCGGGGCCGGGGCCGUGUCCCUUCGGGCCCUUCCAGGGCCGCCAGACCAACCUCGUCUUCGAGGCCGCCAAGCAGGAGCUGGUCAAGCUCAUGAAGGUGGAGGACCCCUCUCUCCUCAACAACCGUGUCCUGCUCCACCACGCCAAAGCCGGGACCGUCAUUGCCCGCCAAGGUGACCAGGACGUGAGCCUGCACUUCGUGCUCUGGGGGUGCCUGCACGUGUACCAGCGCAUGAUCGACAAGGCGGAGGACGUGUGCCUGUUCCUGACGCAGCCCGGCGAGCUGGUGGGGCAGCUGGCCGUGCUCACCGGGGAGCCCCUCAUCUUCACCAUCAAGGCCAACCGCGACUGCACCUUCCUCAAGAUCUCCAAGUCCGACUUCUACGAGUGAGAAAGGGGCCACGGGGCGAGGGGGGUGAUG